AUGUCAAACUUCAAUUUCAACGAGUCGGAUGACGAGAGCUUGUCAGAGUUUGAAAGACUCGAAUCUACGUUGCCGGAGCCACUUAAAAGAUCGGCAUCGUCGCUUUUGCUAACCUUGAACAAUACACAAACGUCUAAUAUGCCAUCGCUCACAGGCAAUUACGGUGGGGCUUCCAGUUAUAUGAAUGAAGGACACCCAUCGGCCAGAGCACCUCCCGUACCUAUUUCGCAUAAGAAUCACUUGAUAAAUAAGUUAUCAAGAAGUGAGGGGAGAGAGUCAUCGCCGGUACCAAUCCCGAGACCUAAGUUUAAUGAGGAAAUCAAUAAGCCCGCAAUGAACACCAGCCAGUCUUCAACCGGGGUUUUGUGGGUAACGGAAAGAGCUGGGGAGUACGGAUUCAAUAACCAGGAUUCGUGGGCCAAUUUAGGGCAAGGUGCGCCUGAACACGGUGAUACGAUCCCUGGGUCUUUCAAGAGACCUACAUCGGUUCCUAUAUCUGAACACAGUAAGGAAUACGCUCCUACAGCAGGUAUUAAGGAAUUACGUCAUGCGGUUGCAAAUUUAUACAACGAAACUUACCGUAAGAACAAACAUUCUAAAUAUACUUACAAAAAUGUAUGUAUUGUUCCAGGUGGUAGAGCUGGUUUGACAAGAAUUGCAUCUAUUAUAAGUGAUUGCUAUUUAUCAUUUUUCUUACCUGACUAUACUGCGUAUGCCGAAAUGUUGUCGUUAUUCAAGAAUUUUUCGCCUAUCCCGGUACCUUUGAAAGAGCUGGAUAACUAUGAAUUCCACUUGGAAAUGAUUAAAAAUGAAUUGAUGAGAGGAGUGAGUGCCUUAUUGACGUCGAAUCCAAGAAACCCUACGGGUAAGUGUAUGUCAAGAGAACAAUUGGCUUCUUUACACAAAUUAUGUGAAGAGAAAUGUUUGUUGAUCAUGGACGAAUUCUAUUCCCACUACUACUAUGAUGAUAAUUGUUCGGGGUCUUCGAUUUCCAGUGCGGAAUUUGUCGAGGAUGUCAAUCGUGAUCCAGUCUUGAUUUUGAAUGGGUUGACUAAGGCGUUCAGAUUACCUGGUUGGAGAAUUUGCUGGAUCUUGGGGCCAGAAGAAUAUAUUAACUCAUUGAGUAGUGCUGGGUCUUUCCUUGAUGGUGGUUCGAAUGCGCCACUCCAGUUCGCUGCUAUUGACUUUUUGGAACCUACUCUCGUUAGAAAUGAGAUGAGGGCCUUGCAAGUACAUUUCAAAAUGAAGAGAGACUACAUUAUUGAAAGAUUAUCAAAAAUGGGUUUUGAAUUCAAUGACAAAAACACCCCAAACUCUACAUUUUAUCUUUGGUUGAAUUUGUCUCAUUUACCAGGAAAGUUGUCAAACUGUUUGGGUUUCUUCCAUGAAUGUUUGCACGAAAAAGUGAUUAUUGUACCAGGUUUUUUCUUUUUAAUUAACCCUCAAAACUUAUCCAAAUUAGAGGAUGUCAUCUGGUACAAUUAUGUGAGAAUCAGUUAUGGCCCUGAAUACAAUCAAUUGGUUAAGGGUAUGGAUGGUAUCGAAAGAAUCUUGAAGAGAUUUAAUUGUCUUCCAUGCGAUGUUUAA